AUGGAUUGUAUGGACGUUAUUCCAAAUGGGAAAGACUACUUAGAGUACUGUCUUGGAUUUGUUUAUAGACUCCUUGUCAAAAUAAUUCAAAGAAAGUCAAACAAUCAUACUGACAAUUUUAAACCUAUAUUACCUUUUAUUUCUGUAAAUAAUUAUUUUAAUUUAGCUUUAUUCAACCUAUCAAUCGAGGAAUUAGAAAAUGCUGCACUCUUGUUAGUCUACACACAUCAGCAACGUUGGUUUUCUGCCGAUUUAGCUUUUCUUCGACGAGACCAAAGUCUCAAGCCUGAUGAAUUUGAACAGCUUCCAUCGUUUAGUCGCUUACGUAAACUUACACCAGUGCUUACUCAUGAACUUCUACAAAUAGGUGGUAGGCGUAGCAACUCGCUAUUGGAUUCAGAUUCUAAACACCCACUGAUACUUUAUGGUUACGACUACAUCACUCGACUACUGAUUGACUACUUUCAUCGAACCAUGUUACAUGGAGGUGUUGAAAUGGUCUUAGUCUCUCUCAGGAGAAAAUAUUGGGUGCUACGAGGCCGUGAAGUAGUGCGCACAGAACUCAGUCAUUGUUUUACUUGUAAGCGAUACAAGUCAAGAACUCAAACUCAAUUAAUGGACGAUCUUCCCGAUUGCAGAGUCACUCCUAGUCCUCCGUUUCAGAAGACAGGAGUUGAUUAUGCUGGACCCUUUCCAGUUCAACUAUCAAAAUGUCGUGGAAAGGGCACACUCAAAGGCUAUUUCGUUGUUUUCGUGUGUAUAGCAACUAAAGCCAUACAUUUACAGAUUGUGGAAGAUUAUUCAAUAGAGUCGUUUAUUGCGGCCUUCCAGCGUUUCGUCUGA